GUACAGUACGUGUCAGUUGGACAUUGUUAGGAUAGGUUUUGGCCCGUGAAUGUAAGCCAUGAUGUUCACAACCACUGACAGUAAGCAGAGAUCUUGAAAUGGCAAAGAAUUAUAACAAAUGCAGUUAGAAAAUGGGAGAACUUUUUAUUUUGCAACACUGACUCUUACACACUGAUUUCAUUGGUUACUCAUUAGAAAAAUUCUGUUGACCUCUGCCCCUCUCCGGUAAUUGCACCCUAUAAAUACCCUGCGCUGCUUCUGCUUUGUAAAAUCAUAUGACUCAACAAUGCCCAGCAAGACGGUUCUUCCCACUGCUGGAGAAGCCCUUCCAGGGCGGGCUGAAACUCUGAAGGUGGCAGCCAAGCACGCUGUAAAUGGAAACUCAACGUUGGAGCCAUUCCCUGCAGGACUUGAGUUGGCAAUGUUUGGUAUGGGUUGUUUCUGGGGCGUAGAACGGCUGUUCUGGAGACAAAAGGGGGUGUACUCUACACAAGUGGGGUAUGCAGGAGGGUUCACGAAUAAUCCCACAUAUGAAGAAGUGUGCACGGGUCUUACUGCACACAUUGAGGUGGUCCGAGUCGUAUUUGACCCUAAAAUGAUCAGUUAUAAAUCUCUGCUGAAAUUGUUCUGGGAGAAUCACAACCCAACAGAAGGAAUGAAGCAAGGACAGGAUGUAGGUUCUCAGUACCGCUCAGUGAUAUUCACCUAUGGAGACCAACAGAGAGAAGCAGCUGUACAGUCUAAAGACGGCUACCAAAAGGAGCUAAAACAUUCUAACCUGGGAGCCAUCACCACUGAGAUCCAUCCUGCUCCAGAGUUUUACUAUGCUGAGGAUUACCACCAGCAAUAUCUGCACAAAAACCCAGAUGGCUAUUGUGGUCUGAAAGGAACUGGAGUGUCCUGUGUGCUGUAAACGCCUGGAUGCUAUUCCUCUUUCUUCCUCGCACAGUGUUUAGGCGUGUGAUCCUAAUAAAGCGCAUGUGCACAUAGGUCUGUACUUUGUAUCUUAGUAAUACUCAUUUGCUUUAAACUGCUUUAAUACAAUACACAGAACC